GCCAAGCCCCUGAAGGCAGAGCCAAGGCCUCUCUAGAGCCUCUAGAGCCAUGCCCCUUGACAAAUCCCGCAUCCAGGGCUUUGGCAGCAGCAACGGCCCUGCGCAACAAGAGUCCUCCUGGUUCGCAAGCAGUUCGACACCCGCUCCACAGGCACCCAAGUGCCCAGCUGGCCAUGAACUGGCCCCCUGGUGCGCUAAGUCCGGGGCCUCGCCUGGCUGGUGCGAUGGCUGCGGAGCCAAGAUCAAGGCAGGACAGCCUGUCAUGGACUGCAGACAAUGCAACUACUACCUUUGCAGGACCUGCGCUCCGCAGGCGGAGGCAGAGGAAGAAGCACCCUCCUUCUGGGGAGCAGUGGCUUCACUAACAGACAUGGGGUCUGGCCCGGCCAUCAGUAGCGCUUUGGACAACGUAGCCUUGAGCAUUGGCGAUGUCAUUGAUGCCGCUACCCAGGACAUGUCGGAGAUGGCAUCAGACUUCAAGUCUUUUGUUGCCUCCGCGGUUGGCAUCGAGGAUGAAUCGGGAGAUGAGGCGGAGCGGCAGAAGGCAGCCGCCAUGAAGAAGAGCAUAGAGAGUGUGUCUCCACGCUCCAGGCAAGAAGCGACAUCAGCCAUCUCCGACUUUUGCCAGAAGUAUCCAGCUGCACGGGUGCGGCCAAAUUCGCAAGAGCUGGAGAAGCUUUGGGCCAAGAUCAGCUGCCUCAAGCCCGUGGCACUCACCAGUGCCUUUUACGAGGAGCUUAGCUUCGCCAAUGGCGACACGUCCUGGCAACCACGGCUCCGUGUCCUGUACGCCCUGGAACACCUCUUCAAGCAAGGCGGUACGGGCAAGGAGGUAGCGAUGAGCACCUUUGGACAAGCAAGAGGGCUCAUCCAGCAUCUUGUAGAGGUCCAGCAGUGCUCUGACAAGGCUCAGGAGGUCACGAAGCUGUUCACCGGGAAGGUUGAGGAAGAUCCCGGUUCCAAAGCUGACACUGAAGGCACAGACAAGGCGAAGCCGGCAGUCAAGGCCGUGCGGCCUGAGCCAGAGGCCGCACCAGACCUGCUGGACAUGUCGGAGCCUGCACCAG